AAUUGAAAGAGAAAAAAAAAAUGACUGAAAGAAAGAGAGAGAGAGAGAGAGAGAGAGAGAGUAGUAGUAGGCUUUAUUGAUCCUGUAGGGGAAAUUGCUUUGUUAUAACACACAUCACUGUUGUAUAAAUCUCUAUUAUGAUAUGGCAAAAGUCCAGAUUCACCAAUGACGAUUUAAACAGUCUGAUAGCAGUGUGUAGUGUGUAACACUCGAGCGUCUGGAGAAGUUCCAUGAGGCUCCAUGUGCAGGAGUUUUAUGAAAACACGUUCAAAAGAAAGAAAGAGGUGUGUAAGUGUCCAGUAUUCAGUGGAGGAGACAAAGCCUGGUCUGAUGUGACAGAGUGGGAGACAUUGUCCAUGAUGGUCAUCAGUUUGGACACAAGUCUGCUCUCCAGCAACUUCUAGUAGGUUUAAGAUCAGACCAAAUUGACACCUUCUUAUGAGUUGCAAUAAGUUCAAUAUGUUGGCCUUUCCACUUAUUACACCAGAAGCAAUUGGCACUCAUGGAACAAUGUACCACAGACGUUAAAAGACCUCAGCCUCCUCAAAAAGAAUUGAAGGUUCUGCAGUAUUUUUCAGCGUUCUCAGCACUACUGAUUUCUUUGCCUGGCUGUGGGAAGUGGACACAGAGACGAGUCACACGUCUUGCUGAGCUGCCUGGAAGCUGAAGUUGAACACAUACUUGUUCUCAAACACACACACACAUUCGUGCCCAGAGCUGCUGUCAUGGCCCCAGAAUUCAGUGCGUCACUCUGGUGAGCGGUGGGGCGAACCAGGCAGAAGACAUGUUGGCACGGAGGGACGGGUACCGCACUGAAACUAGCUGUAGUAACCAUGGAAACGGUGUGGAGGAGCUUGGCCUGUGUUGGGGUCAUCGCCAUGGUAACCGCCGGCGUGGGAGCGAGCGCCUCUGCUCAGGAGGGUCAAGCUACAUUCCUCUCCACUCUGGCUCACUAUGAGAUCGCCGUCCCAGUCCGCGUUGGCCCUCGGGGUGAGUCGCUGCACGAUGGCGAGGCCUCAGACAGGCACAGACGUCAUCGGCGGAGCACCGAGACGAAACAGGAGGUUCCUGAGCCGCAGCUUUAUUACCAGCUGUCCAUGCCGAGCGCCAGUCUCUUCCUGAACCUCACGCUGCAGAGCGGCCUGCUGUCCCGCAGGUUCCGCGUCGAAUACUGGAGGAAGGGCAGAGUUGUGUGGAGUCACCCGUACUCCUCCGGCUGCCAGUAUGUGGGGCAUCUGCAGCACCAACCCCAGUCCAGCACUGUGGCCCUCAGUAACUGCAAUGGCCUGCAGGGCGUGAUCGUAGCUGGUGGAGAGGAAUACCUCAUUGAACCUUUGGUUUCUGCUGAAAACCAAACGAGUGUGGAUGGGAAAGAAGAGCGCCCCCAUGUGGUGUACAAGAGAUCGUCUCUGCGACAUCUCUACAUGGACCAGUCCUGUGGAGUCAUCGACGAGAAACCGAGCAAAAGCUUCGAUUGGUGGCAGAGAACGAUUAAACCGCCCAACCAGAUGGGCCGUGGCCAGCUGCCCCUGAAGCGCUCGGUUAGCCGCGAGCGCUACGUAGAGACACUGGUGGUAGCCGAUAAGAUGAUGGUGUCAUACCAUGGGCGGCGUGACAUCGAGCAGUACAUUCUGGCUGUCAUGAAUAUUGUUGCCAAACUGUUCCAGGAUUCUAGCCUGGGGAACGCAGUGAACAUUGUGGUGACUCGACUGAUCCUACUAAUGGAGGACCAGCCGACGCUGGAGAUCAACCACCAUGCGGGGAAGUCUUUAGACAGUUUCUGUAAGUGGCAGAAAUCCAUCCAGCAGAGCAACGGCCAUGGAAACGCCAUCCCCGAAAACGGCAUUGCACCCCACGACACGGCCGUCCUCAUCACGAGAUAUGACAUCUGCAUCUACAAGAACAAGCCGUGUGGGACACUCGGCCUGGCCUCGGUUGGUGGAAUGUGUGAGCCGGAGAGAAGCUGCAGUAUAAAUGAAGACAUCGGUCUGGCCACGGCGUUCACCAUCGCUCACGAGAUUGGACACACGUUCGGUAUGAAUCACGAUGGCGUAGGGAACCCGUGUGGAGCCCGCAGUCAGGAGACGGCUAAGCUCAUGGCCGCCCACAUCACCAUGAAGACGAACCCCUUCGUUUGGUCAGCCUGCAGCCGCGAUUACAUCACAAACUUCCUCAACUCUGGAAUGGGUUCGUGUGUGAACAACGUUCCCCCGAAGCAGGAGUUUGCGUAUCCCACCACGGCGCCCGGGCAGGCCUAUGACGCCGAUGAGCAGUGCCGUUUCCAGUACGGAAUAAAAUCUCGGCAGUGUAAAUAUGGGGAGGUGUGCAGUGAGCUGUGGUGUAUGAGUAAGAGUAACCGCUGUAUAACCAGCAGCAUCCCCGCAGCGGAAGGCACCAUCUGCCAGACCAGCACCAUAGACAAAGGGUGGUGCUACAAGCGGAUGUGUGUGCCGUACGGCACUCGCCCGGAAGGAGUGGACGGUCAGUGGGGUGCGUGGUCUCCGUGGGAGGAGUGCAGUCGUACCUGUGGGGGCGGAGUCUCCUCCUCUGUUCGCCACUGCGACAGCCCCAGGCCGACCGUAGGAGGACGCUUCUGUCUGGGAGAGAGGAAAAGGUUCAAAUCCUGCAACAUCGAGGAGUGCCCUCCUGGGUCUCAGGAUUUCCGAGAGAUUCAGUGCUCGGAUUUUGACAGCGUUCCUUUCCGGGGGAAAUUCUACACCUGGAAGCCGUACAGAGGCGGUGGAGUAAAAUCAUGCUCUCUGAACUGCCUGGCUGAGGGUUAUAACUUCUACACUGAGCAUGCUCCGGCGGUGGUGGAUGGGACGCCGUGCAGAGACGACUCUCUGGACGUGUGUGUUAAUGGCGAGUGUAAGCAUGUGGGCUGUGAUAAAAUCCUCGGCUCGGAUGCCCGUGAGGACCGCUGCCGUGUGUGUGGGGGUGACGGGAGCAGCUGCGAGGCCAUCGAGGGCGUCUUCAACGAUUCGCUGCCUGAAGGAGGUUAUGAAGAGGUGAUCAGGAUUCCUAAAGGAUCUGUGUUCAUUCAUAUACAGGAACUCAACAUUUCUCUUAAUUAUCUCGUCCUGAAAAGCAAAAGCGACCAGUACUUCAUCAACGGCAAGCUGACCAUCGACACGCCGCGCCGGUUCGACAUCGCCGGGACGACUUUCCACUACCGCCGACCCGCCGAUCAGCCUGAGACCCUGGAGGCGGUGGGGCCCACCAAUAUGACACUCGUUGUCAUGGUGUUGGUGAGGGAAGAGAACCAAGGUAUCCAUUACCGCUUUAAUCCCCCUAUAAACAGAGACACUCAGAGCGUCUUCACCUGGCACUCUACAUCCUGGAGCCGCUGCUCCGUCUCAUGCGCUGGAGGGUUUCAGAUCCAGCAGGUGGUGUGUAAGAAACAAUCCGAUCACUCGGUGGUUUUCAAUCACUUCUGUGACAAGAAGAGCAAGCCCAAAGAGAAGAAACGUGCGUGCAACGCGGCGCCGUGUCCUCCAACCUGGUGGGUUAGCGAGUGGUCCGAGUGCAGCAGGAGUUGUAGUGGAGGCGUGCGGACGCGGGAGGUGCUGUGUAAGAGGAAGAUCAGCUCCGUGGAAGAGAAGGUUCAGGACGAUUCGUCCUGUCUCCAACCGCGGCCUCCCGUCACCGAACCCUGCAAUAAUCACACCUGUCCACCUGAGUGGCACGCCCUCGACUGGUCCGAGUGCACUCCCAGCUGUGGUCCAGGUUACAGGCAGAGGGUGAUACUGUGCAGGAGUGGAGAGAGCGGAGAUACUCUGGCAGAGUCCGAGUGUCCGAGACACAGCCGCCCCACCACCAGGAUGCGCUGUAACCUGCAGCGCUGCCCUCCUCCUCAGUGGCUCACUGGACCAUGGAGCGAGUGUUCAGCUAAGUGUGGUAUGGGGCAUCAGAUGCGCUCGGUACAGUGUGUGUCACACACCGGCCUGCCGUCCAAUGAGUGUCCAGAGCUGCAUCGACCCGCCUUCAUGCAGCAGUGCAGGAGCAAGUGUGACCUCAGCGUCCCCACGGACAACCCUGAGGAGUGUAAAGAUGUGAACACAGUGGCGUACUGCCCCCUGGUGCUCAGGUUCAAGUUCUGCAGCCGCCCAUAUUUCCGACAGAUGUGCUGCAAGACCUGCCAAGGACACUGACCUCCUCUUUUCUCCUUUCUCUCUCUCACUCUCUCUCUCUCUCUCUCUCUAUUUAUCUAUCUGCUCCCUCACUCACUACUUUCCAUGCUCGGAGUGCCAGUCCUGCCUCAGAGAGAGAGAGGGUGGGGGGGUGGGGAAGGAACGAGGGAGAGAGACUGUGCUGCUGUCCUCCACUCUCCCAAACCAGCUGCUCUGGUGCAGUUCCUGUGAAUGUCAGAUGGUCAGAGAGAGAUUCGUCUUCUGUUAGUUGUCCUGAACAUGGUGCUAGUUCUUGUUUCAUCCAUACUUCAGACGGGAUACUUCAUUUCUACUCAGUUACAGCUACAACCGAGCACAGGACUGCACAGAUUACUGCUUUUCCCUGCUUAUAUUCUCGUACCAGAAUACAAAUCCAGUUUCUACUGCGGCAAAUGUUAUUCCGUUAUUAAUUACGGCUCUUGAUUCCGCACGGCCGCCAUCUGGCUCUGGAGUGAAAUCAGGAACCUUGUUUCAAGCAUCAUUUGCAUUUUAUUAAAAUGGAGAAGAUGUGGGAAGUUCUAAAAAUGUCAAAGAAGGAAGUUUCUAUUCACCCGGGCUUUUAGACUGAUGAGUUUAAUUGCGUCUCAUCAGCACAGAACUGAAAACAAACUCGGUUUUGUCCAGGACGUAAAUAUCAUCGUGAUGAAGCUGUAAUGUAAGGAAAACCCCCGAACUGAACUGUGCAGUGCUGUGCUGUGUUAAAAAAAACAACAACACACACACACUAAUGACCACAAUAUUCACUGUUUACAUCGUUUCUGUUUUUGACGUGUUUAUUUUUACUAUAGGAAAUAUUUCUUUGUCCUUAUUAGGAGAUUUCGCCGUCUGUGACGAGAUCGCGUCGUACAGGUGGGAGGUUAAAAAAAAAAAGUCAAGAUAAAAUUCAGCCAAAAAUCAUAUUUACACGGUGUUCCUCUCUCAGACGUAUUCGAUCAACCAAGAAAUGUUGGUCGCGUGACGUUUUACGCCGAUGUGUGCCGAUGUGGUUUGGGACACGGUGUUAGUCUACAGUUCGGGGAAGGUGAGCGGAGUGGAGUGGCUUAAACACGUACGUUAAUGAUUCUCAAAUUAUUUCCAGAUAUUUAUAUUCUUGUAUCGAAAUUGUCGUCAUGGUGACGGAUGAAAACACGCCGUAUCGUUCAAGUCGACUUUGCACGCUUAUCCAAAGAAAGUUAGCGUCCUUCUGGCAAUCAGGAACUUCUCAAAGAUUUAGAUGUCACAUGAGAUGCCUUUUUCCCUAGGCCUUUUUAUCCCAGGCAAAGUGCAUGUGUGUGGGGAGAAGUGAAAGACCUCCAGGCCUUUUUCCCUAGGCCUUUUUAUCCCAGGCAAAGUGCAUGUGUGUGGGGAGAAGUGAAAGAUCUCCAGGCCUUUUUCCCUAGGCCUGUUUAUCCCAGGCUAAGUGCACUGUGUGUGGGGAGAAGUGAAAGACCUCCAGGCCUUUUUCCCUAGGCCUUUUUAUCCCAGGCAAAGUGCAUGUGUGUGGGGAGAAGUGAAAGGUCUCCAGGCCUUUUUCCCUAGGCCUGUUUAUCCCAGGCUAAGUGCACUGUGUGUGGGGAGAAGUGAAAGACCUCCAGGCCUUUUUCCCUAGGCCUUUUUAUCCCAGGCAAAGUGCAUGUGUGUGGGGAGAAGUGAAAGAUCUCCAGGCCUUUUUCCCUAGGCCUGUUUAUCCCAGGCUAAGUGCACUGUGUGUGGGAAGAAGUGAAAGAUCUCCAGGCCUUUUUCCCUAGGCCUUGUUAUCCCAGGCAAAGUGCAUGUGUGUGGGGAGAAGUGAAAGAUCUCCAGGCCUUUUUCCCUAGGCCUUUUUAUCCCAGGCUAAGUGCACUGUGUGUGGGAAGAAGUGAAAGAUCUCCAGGCCUUUUUCCCUAGGCCUUGUUAUCCCAGGCUAAGUGCACUGUGUGUGGGAAGAAGUGAAAGAUCUCCAGGCCUUUUUCCCUAGGCCUUGUUAUCCCAGGCUAAGUGCAUGUGUGUGGGGAGAAGUGAAAGACCUCCAGGCCUUUUUCCCUAUUUCUUCAAUUAUAUCUCAAAUAAUUCAGGUCUUCACUUUGGAGAAAUACCGAGAUUAAAGUCCGUCCAAAAAACCCCCCAAAAAAUCGGAUUCAGCGUACAGAUCGAAUCGGGUAUGGUCUAUUCCUUUUCACUUUAUGUAAGAAAAAUUUCAAAAGUCUUGGCUGAUCGACUACUUUUGGGAUGAAAAGAAACCUUGUGGGAAUGCGAUUUUUUUUUUUUUACUCAGUCGAUCUAUUCCUGUAAUUCAUUUAGUUUUCUUUAAAAAAAAAAAAAAAAAAAAAGUUGUUAUGGCCUGAUCAACCAUU